AUGAGUAUAGUAUGAUGUGGCCUUUAUAUAUGGUUAAUGUUUUUACAUUUGAACAAAUAAAGCAAAAAAAUUUGAUUACAUUUGUUACUCAUCUCACAAUGAUGCCAAAAAAGAGUAAAGGUCGCCAAAAGAUCCAAAUGGCAAGAAUGGAGAAAGAAAGCAACUUAUUGGUAACCUUCUCCAAACGUCGUUCGGGUCUGUUCAAGAAAGCGAGUGAGCUUUGCAUCUUGUGCGGGGUGGAAAUCGCAAUCAUUGUUUUCUCUCCGGGGAAAAAGGUAUUCUCCUUCGGUCAUCCAUCUGUAGAGAUUAUCGUUGAUCGUUUUCUCAAGCAAAAUCCACCACUGUAUUCAAGCACGACGCAACUUAUGGAGGCACAUCGAAAUGCCAAUAUCCAUGAACUCAAUAGGCAACUCGCCUAUGAGAUUAGUCAUUUGGAGAUUGAGAAGAACAAAAGUGAAGAGCUUACAAAGAUUAGGAAAGAAGGUAUUGACAAUCAUUGGUGGGAAGCACCAAUAGAGAGCCUAGGCAUAGAAGAGCUUGAGCGGUUGAAGGUGGCUAUGGGGUUUCUAAAAAAAGACAUUGAGGAACAGAAGAAGAGGAUCGUGGCGGCUAACCCACUCCAAAUCGUUCCAGUGUCUGCUCCCAAUGGUAUCGGUGGCGAGUACAUUGCUAAGGGUUCUGGACUUGAUUUAGCAAUGACUCCACAUGGUUUUGUGCUUGGAUUUGGAAAUUUCAGUCGCUGAGUCAGAUGACGAACAGGGUGGAGACGGUGAUCCAUCCGAGUAAUUUGAGAGUGUGUUAAGUUCAUGAAGUUGUUGAUGCUAUUGCAAAGGAGUAAAUUUUCCAUCAAAUUUCAAAGUUAUUCCUGUACUGUUAUUUAAAGUAUUCUAUGAAACAUUACUUGUU